UCCUUUUUGUGUCUGAGUUAAUACUUGAAAUAUUUGAUUUGUUUUUUAAAAACGAAGCAGAGGACUGGACCAGUGUCCCCGACCUGCGAGCCCUGCCGCUUUAUUUUGAAAGCGGAAGCAGGUGACCUGGCGCUGGUGAGUCCAGCUUGACACAUAAUCCGGUCUGCUUGUCCCCAGCAGCCCCGAACAGAUAGAGAGCGAGCUGAGCCACAGAGAGAGACGGGCGGAGGAGAGCUGGUCUGCGGGCUGUUUCGCUCCUCUCACCGCCUUUUUGAGGGUUUAUCUGCGGAACUGGUUCCGGAUCUGUCGGCGGGCUGUGACCGUGAGUGACCCCGGGCUGAGCUCUGGACUGCUCCCCGCCCCGCAGGGCUCUGGAUCCGCUGGGAACUUCUCCGUAGAGCCGUGCGGGUCUGGUGCGUUUUGGAGGAGCAGGCUGCUGGAUUAUUACACAAAGCCCGCCGGACGGACCCCCGGGCCUGGCUGCGGGUCGUGGUUUUACGCAGCGCCCCCCCGCGCUUCUGGAACUUGUGUUUUAAAUGUUGGAGGAGGAUCCGGGGCACAGCAGGAGGAAACCUGGCGGCGCAGCGGCGACCGCCUCCAACUAGAGGGAAUAUGUGGCUCUCCUGGCUGACCUGGGCGCUGCUGCUGGGGACUCUGUGUGCAGGGCUGAGCCACGGGGAGGCCGACACCAGGGAGUGUUUGUACUACAACGUCAACUACGAGAUCGAGAAGACCAACCAGAGCGGGCUGGAGCGCUGCGAGGACGAGAAGGACAAGCGCUCGCACUGCUACGCCUCCUGGAGGAACAACUCGGGCUCCAUCGAGCUGGUGAAGAAAGGCUGCUGGCUGGACGACUUCAACUGCUACGACCGGCAGGAGUGCGUGGCCACAGAGGAGAGUCCUCAGGUCUUCUUCUGCUGCUGCGAAGGAAACUUCUGCAACGAGAGGUUCACACACCUGCCUGACGCCACCGGGCCGCUGAUCAAAGCCCCGCCCCACGGCGUCGGCGUGUUAAACGUGAUGGUUUACUGCCUGCUGCCCGUCACCAUGCUGUCCGUCGUUCUGCUCACCGCCGUCUGGAUGUACCGACACCGGAAACCUCCGUACGGACACGUGGACCUCACGGAGGAUCCCGGUCCUCCUCCCGGCUCCCCCUUGGUGAGUCUCAAGCCUCUGCAGCUGCUGGAGGUGAAGGCCAGCGGGCGCUUCGGCUGCGUCUGGAAGGCCCAGAUUAUGAACGAACACGUGGCCGUCAAGAUCUUCCCCAUUCAGAAUAAGGAGUCGUGGCAGAACGAGCGAGACAUGUUCCUUACUCCAGGUAUGAGGCACGAGAACAUCCUGAGGUACAUCGCUGCAGAGAAACGAGGGAGUCACCUGGAGGCCGAACUGUGGAUCAUCACCGAGUUCCACGAGAGGGGCUCUCUGUCAGACUUCCUGAAGGGAAACAUCAUCAGCUGGACCGAGCUGUGUCACGUAGCCGAGUCGAUGGCGUGCGGCCUGGCUUACCUCCACGAAGACAUCCCCCAAAAGAAAGGAGAAGGACCUAAGCCGGCCAUCGCUCACAGGGAUUUUAAGAGUAAGAACAUCAUGCUGCGUUCGGACCUCACGGCGGUGAUCGGUGACUUCGGUCUUGCCGUUUCCUUCGAGCCGGGGAAACCACCUGGAGAGACGCACGGACAGGUCGGGACCAGGCGUUACAUGGCUCCAGAGGUUUUAGAAGGAGCCAUCAACUUCCAGCGAGACGCCUUCCUCCGAAUCGACAUGUACGCCGUGGGUCUGGUUCUGUGGGAGCUGGUGUCCCGCUGCAGGGCUGCUGACGGUCCGGUGGAUGAGUACAUGCUGCCGUUUGAGGAGGAGGUCGGUCAGCAUCCGUCACUGGAGGACCUGCAGGAAGUCGUCGUACACAAGAAGAUGAGACCGGCCUUCAAAGAGCUCUGGCUCAAAACACAGCGUGAGUGUGGCCUGGCUCACGUCUGUGAGACGGCGGAGGAGUGCUGGGAUCACGACGCCGAGGCUCGAUUGUCGGCCGGCUGCGUGGAGGAGAGGAUCUCCCAGAUCCGCCGCCUCACCGCCACCAUCUCCCCGCCUACCUCCGACCACCACGCCCUGCUGGUCUCCUCGCUCGCGCCUGUUACUAUGGUAACGAAUGUGGACCUACCGCCCAAAGAGUCCAGUAUAUGAGGAGAAAAUCUGAAGAAAACACACAUAAAAAAACUUUUGAGGCCUGACGUUGCCGGUGAUUUCCCUGAAGCUCGGUUCAACUUCCUGUGAAAACAACCGAAUUCACAAAAACACACACACACACACACAUCAUCUUUUCUCAGCGGAGUUUUACAACCUAAAUCACAAGUACGGCGUGAAAGCAGCUGCUAUUUGAUCUCUUUGGACUUUUUGGACUCUUAUUCUUCUUUUCUUCGUCCAUUUGGACAAAUAUUACCAGCACACGUCCUCGUUUUCCUCAAGUUUGCCUCAGUAUUGAGUCAUUUGUGUCUUCUUUUUUUUUUCCUUUUUUUAAAAUUAUAUAUAUAUAUAUAUAUAA